UCCCUGCGAAAGCCGAGGCUGCCAUUGGAGAGAGCCCGUUGGCAGGAGAGAUCAGGAGGAGGACGCAAGAGAAAUCCUUGUCAGCGAGCGCAGUCUACAUCACUGAAGCUGAUGUAAGCAGGCAGCGUUUGUCGGAGACACUUAUUUUACAUCAAUAACUUCAGUAUAAAAAGGCAAAGGAGAAGAGGGCGAGAAAAUGGGACAUACCGCAAUUUCUCUAUGGGUUGCUGUAUUGUUCUGUUGCGCGUGGGAAAACGUCGAGGCGCUGGCCAUGGCUGAGGUGAACGGGCCGGGUCCCCAGGUGGCAGAGCCGCAGAUUGCCAUGUUCUGCGGCCGUCAGCUCCUUCACAUGAACAUUCAGACGGGCCAGUGGGAGCCGGACCCUCAGGGCCGCCAGGGUUGCUUCAAAGAUCCCAGUGAUAUCCUGUCCUACUGUCAGGAGAUGUACCCAGCGCUCCCAAUUUCCCAUGUAGAGGAGUCAAAAAGACCCGUGACCAUCCCUGCCUGGUGCAAGAGAGGUUGGGGUCAUUGCCAGACUCACCCCUACAUAGUCCUCCCCUACCGCUGUCUGGAGGGCGAGUACGUGAGUGAGCCUCUUCUCGUGCCCGACAAAUGCCGUUUUCUCCACCAGGAGCAGAUGGAUGCCUGCGAGAGUUACGUGUACUGGCACAACAUCGCUAAGGAGGAAUGCACCGCCGAUAACCUGGAGCUGCACAGCUACGGGAUGCUGCUGCCAUGCGGCGACCAUUUCCGGGGUGUGGAAUACGUGUGCUGCCCCGGCAGAGGCAUCACCAGUGGCAAAGGAGAGACAGAGGAAAGGGACGCUCCAGCUGGUGCUCAGACGUUCACGUCACAGACCAGUGGAAAGUACAACUCUGUCACUAGAGUCACAGCUCCCACUCCGAGCCCCUCUCCUGAUACUGAUGUGGACGAGGCCGAUAUGGAAGAGGAGGAUGAUGACCUAAUGGAAGAAGAGGAGGAGGAAGAUGAAGAUGAUGUUGAUGAAGAGGACGUGGAAGAAGAGGAAGAGGAGGCGAUAGCCGUGAAAGACCCAGAGGAUUAUGAAUUCCCUAUAGAUUCAGGUCCCUACCAGACAUCAGACUACUUAGGCUCCUUUUACUACGAAAAAAGCCACAAACCCACCACCUCUGCACCUCUGAAGGGAGACAGCUUUACCACGCCUCGGCCCACAGACGGUGUUGAUGUUUAUUUCGAGAAGCCAGUGGAUGAUAGCGAGCAUGCCAACUUCCUGCGUGCCAAAACAGACCUGGAGGAGCGCAGAAUGAAGCGCAUCAAUGAGAUCAUGAAGGAAUGGGCAGAAGCUGACAAUCAGUCAAAAAAUCUUCCCAAGUCAGAGCGACAGGCCCUGAAUGAGCACUUCCAGUCCGUGCUGCAGACGCUUGAGGAGCAGGUUGCCGGGGAGAGGCAGAGGCUUGUGGAGACGCAUCUCGCCAGAGUCGAGUCCUUUCUCAACAACAACCGCCGCCUGGCCCUGGAGAACUACCUGACGACCGUUCAGUCUGACCCCCCCCAGCCGGAGCGCGUGCUGCAGGCUCUGAAACGGUACAUGGCCGCGGAGCAGAAGGACCGCAGACACACACUGAGACACUACCAGCAUAUUGUGGCCGUCGACCCCCAGAAAGCUGAGCAAAUGAAGUUCCAAGUGUAUACACACCUCCAUGUCAUUGAGGAGAGAAUGAACCAGAGUCUCGCGCUGCUUUACAAGGACCCCAUGUUGGCUGAGGAACUUCACAGUGACAUUCAGGAGUUGGUCAAGGCAGAACGAGGAGACAUCAGCGAGCUCAUGACCACCUCUUUCUCUGAGACUCGUACCACCGAGGAGCUCCUGCCAGCCGACAGCGAGGAAGAGAAGGAUGAUGAAGAGGAGGAGGAUAGGGCCUUCCAUAGCAGGCCUUAUCCUCCACACAUUGACUUACCGUCUAACAAGAAGGCUAUCUCUGUCCUCAUGUCUGCAGAGGAUGAGUAUGAUUACACCACAUCUGAGAGAAGCCCUACUUACGAAUACGAGGAAAAAAUCAACACCUCUGCAGAGCUCAAGCGGCGGGUCAAGCCUGAUGAAAUUGCACGAGAUGAAUUGCAACCUGAUGCCUUGGAGACGUUUAACCGUGGUGCCAUGGUGGGGUUGCUUGUGGUGGCGGUGGCUAUUGCCAUGGUGAUGGUAAUCAGCCUGCUGCUGGUGCGCAGGAAGCCAUAUGGCACUAUUAGCCAUGGCAUCGUAGAGCAGGUCGACCCUAUGCUGACACCUGAGGAACGACAGCUCAACAAAAUGCAAAACCAUGGCUAUGAAAAUCCCACCUACAAAUUCUUCGAGCAGAUGAACUGAAGUACUGGAGGAUACCAGCAAGUCAUGCCUGGCCACCUGUUUUGUUCCCCGAUUCCUCCUUAAAGUGGUGUCCUAGCUGCACUCCCUUUGAUGGAUUUAUGAUGUGUUGCAAAUCUAAGUUAAAAAGAUUAUGUACUGGGCGCUAACCCUGACCCAAGAGUAACCUUUCAUCAGAAUGUGAAUAGUGAGGUAUGAUGCAAUUCCUUAUUACCUAUUGUAAUCUAGUACUCCUUUGAGUUAACAGUGCUACAAAUUUAAUCACCGUGGAAACAUUCACCUCAUCCCUGUGGCAUGACUUGACCCAUCAUUUCUCGUUAGAAAUGGAAUCUGAAUGGUGCAUACUGAUUUAUAGUAUUUAUUUUUCAGUAGUAGUCUCUUUGCUUAGUUUGUACCACAGUUAGAUAUAAUGUACCUGUGUAGAUGAGUGUGAGUGACUGCCUAGUUAAUUCUUAUUGGUAAAAAUGCUUAGUGAUAAAAGGGUACUUAACUAGAUAAUCGUUAAGCUAAACUCUCCUCCAUGUACUACUGUGACAUGAAAACAUUUAGGAUGUGAAGGUGUUUGCCCUAAAUGUGUGAGACAAUUAUACACUAAACUAAAACACAGAUGACCACACUAAUCAAUACACAACUACAGUAUGUGCUGGUGAUACAAAAAAUGAUCUGCCCUCGAUAUUAUAAUGAAUUACUUGGAAGAAUAUACCUUAGUCAGUGAAUGGAUUCCUUUUGUUUGUUUGCUAUCUCAAGAACUGUCAGACAGAAUUAUCAGAGGUCCAUUAUUUUGAUGAAAGCAUGACAACUCGGUGUAUGAUGCUGCAGUAUUUAUUUGUGUUGUUCACGUCAUUGCUUUUGAAGUCAGAAAGGUUACUGUUCAAAACAGACACUGUAAAUAACGUUAGAAAUACAUGCUACGAGAUGUAGACGUUUCUAUGAUUAAUUUGCAUUGAUGUAAAAAAAUAAAGAAAUAAAAAAAUUAGUUCAUUGUGCUGUUACGAGAAGGAGAAACAUUUUCCUAACAUGGCUGAUUGAAAACGGACUGUUGUAAAAACCAGCACAAGACAACGACACAGCAACUAUUUUCUGAAUGUAUUUGAGGUAGACGUUGAGAUUCCAUCCCCUUUUUCGCGCUUCAUGACAUCCCUCGUGAACUUUAGUAGGAGUAGUGCAGUUUGAGCCACUCAAGAGACUACUUGCCUGAUGACCCCCCGUCCUCAUUUUGGUGUAGCAGCUACUCAUCUUCACACCUGGCAGAUGUGCAUUAGAAGCAGAGGUGUUGAGAGGGCACAAUUGUGGUAGCGUGAAGUUUCAGUGUGUGCAGUAACUGCUAAAGUCACACCCCUCUCUGGCAUGGAAAUAAUAGUGUUGGUCUUGAAAUAUUUGAAAUAUGCCACUAACACACUGAAUGAUAGCACUAUAUAGGAGCUUUAUUUAAGUUAAUCCCCUCAUGGAAAGCUUUUCAUAAAAUGACUCAUUGUAGUUUGUCAUUUUUAUGACCAACACUCACCUUGUACAGAUGAGUUUAAAAGGGGUUGCCCCUUUUUUUCUGACAGAUUGUCUUUUAUUUAUUGUAUAAGUUUGAUUUCCUUUAGUCACCUAAUUCUGUCGGACCAUCUUGGUUAAGAAAGGUCACCGUGUGGGAUGUUGCUUUUGGUUCAUCAGUCUUUAACUAUAUGCUUCAGUAUACUUCAUACCAAAAUCACAAUAUACUUUGUUUAUUCUUGCUGGAAAUUUCGUUAUUUAAGAAAAAAAAAAGAAAGGAAAAAAAAACUCAAUUUAUUUGUUCGUUUCAAGAAAGCGCUGAAAAAAGAUUCUUUACAACUUGUUUACUUUUUUUAUGUUUGUUUGAAAAUGAAUAUAUAGCAGAAUCGGACUGAGUUUAGAUUUAGCAUCAUUUUGUUUGUCUCGUCAGGCAGAUUAAUAGCAGGUUGCGGUUGUGUUAUGACAGGUAAAGAGAAGUCAUAGCCCUUGUAUAAUUUGUACAGCUCUGUUAGUGAAUGAAAACAAUGUAUGUUCACAGUUUAAGUCAGUUGAUCUUGUAUUGAUACUACUGAAACCAUAGAUGAGAAUAAGCUUGCCUGUGUUUCCCAAACCACUGAAGGUUUCCUACCAGCAUUUAGCAGACUUAGAAUGGUGUAUACUAUAGUUAUUCAAAUCACAUUUGUACUUAUGUCCUCUGUUAAGCUCUAGACUUCUUUGUUGGUCUGUCCCUAUACUUCCCAAUGAAAUAUAAACUACUGUAUGUUAUUGAGAUUUUAAUUGCUGCAUUAUUGCCUUUUACAAUGCUGUGUUUUGGAUGUAAUUAUUCUGUUGGUUUUUUUUAUAUGUAAUAUUCUGCUGGAUCAAGGGUCAUGCAUUUCACAUGUAAUUAGAAGCUUAUAUAAAAAAAACACAGAUAGCAUUCGGAAGUGUGAAAUAUAGACGGAUACUUGGGCUCAGCCUAAUUGACAGAGUGUGGCACGAAGCACAAGUUGAAGCCAAAUUAUUCAAUUUGUGUAAAGGAUGCAAAAUUCAAUGGACUGUCCAAUUUGAGUAUUAUUCAAGGGAAGGGAGAGGUGUUCUUCGUGUUCAUUGAGACCUUUAACCAAAGACGUGCCCCAUAAAUAAUCAGACAAAUAAACUGAUUUGGCAAAUGUUUUUAAAAUGUAACUGUAUUUAAAGCAAUCUGGCCAGUUUAAACUGAUCACUUUAAGUAUGAUAUAAUCCACAAUGUAAUAAAAGUGAAUGACCCAUUAA